CAAACACCUUCAUUUUUAUAUAAUCCCAAACUCCAUGAAUCCCCCCACUCUCACCCCAUCCCACGCGCCGUUACGCGCGUCAACCCUCACUCCCCCACGCGCCCUGGAGAAUUUUGCCCUAAUCGCCUGCGACCUCCCCCUACCCCUAUAUCGUGCACCAUCAUGCUCCAUCGUUCACGCCUCCGAUCCCUGUGUUUCUGUUCUAAUUCGAUCUGGAAAUUGUGGUUGUUCUGUUCAUUGUUUUAGAUCUUCUCGAGUCAAAGAUGGAGCCUAUGGAUAUUGUUGGUAAGACGAAAGAGGAUGCUUCGUUACCGAAAGCUACAAUGACUAAAAUAAUUAAGGAGAUGUUGCCUCCAGAUGUACGUGUUGCACGAGAUACCCAAGAUCUUUUGAUCGAGUGUUGUGUAGAGUUUAUUAAUCUUGUAUCAUCAGAAUCAAAUGAAGUGUGUAGUAGAGAAGACAAAAGAACAAUCGCACCCGAACAUGUUCUCAAGGCAUUAGAGGUUCUUGGUUUUGGGGAUUACAUAGAAGACGUUUAUGCUGCGUACGAACAACACAAAGUCGAAACCGCCGACACUGUUAAAGGUGGAAAGUGCACGAAUGGAGCUGAGAUGACUGAAGAAGAAGCAUUAGCCGAGCAGCAAAGGAUGUUUGCAGAAGCACGUGCUAGAAUGAACGGUGUUGCAACCGCGACCACAACCACAACCGCCCCUAAACCGCCUGAUGCUGAACCAAGUCUCAACUGCUAACUUUUAGAUCCGGUUUUAAAAUAUAAAAUUAGGCAGGAUUUCUUACCUACCACCCUAUCAUGUAUAAAGUCCAUUUGGGUUAGUUAACUACCACCUGUUUGAAUCUCAAUGUAUUUUGUACUUCUAAUUUAUGUCUAUAGGUUUGCUGAUUAGUAAGAGUUAGUUAAAGACAAAGCUGCAUCUUAUUUGUUAGGCAUAUUGCAGCAGCAUGAAUGAUUUAUGUUGAAAGGGAAUGAGAUAGGAAGAAUUGCUAACUUUUGUUAGUUUUUAUGAUUUAAUCUGAUCUAGUUUUUCUUAA